AUGGCCUCGCUUGCCAGAGCAGAAAACAGCGUGGCACGAAUGCGGUGCCGUUCUGGAUGCCAUACCUGCCGGGUACGAAAAGUGCGAUGCAAAGCUGAUAUUGGAACAUUGGAGGAUGCAAAGAAACAAGCUUCCACAUGCUCUAAUUGCAAAAGACUCGGGCUUGAAUGUCGGUGGCAGCGUCCUGCUCUUGGCGAGAGGGUCUCGCCUCCGCCAAAGAGGAGAAACAUGAUCGGACGGCGUGUCUCGCGUCGUGCAAACGAAGAAAGCUCGCAUUCGCCUAUAUCUACCCAAUCUUUGAAAGAUGAUGUUGCUAAUACUCUGGGUGACAAUGAUAAUAUCACGGUGCUCAGCGAGAUGACUGAUCAAAAUCAGGCUUCUCACUCUGAACAAAGCAAUGAUGUCUUGAGUCAGCCGCAGAGUGGCCCGUUUGAGCUAUUUUCUGGCGGCUCAUUUUACUUUGACGCCGCUCUGGAUUACCAAUCUCUAGAACUAGAUCUUUCCGGCGAAGGACUGGAUCUCAUUCCAUUACCAGCUGUAUCGCCCUCUGUAUUGCAGAAACCAAAUGAUGCGCAAGCAUUUGAUACCAAUGAUGGAUUUCUCCUGGAAGAACCUGGCAAUAGCUUAUGGCAAUUUGGAACGCUAUCUUCAGACGGAGACGAACCGAUGCUUCAAGCUACAAAGGCCAGGGGCCCCUCAGUAAACGAAGACAAUCGGCAGUUGAUCCAGCAUUACUUGGAGGUAAUGAAGGGUUAUGCCAAAGUGGAUGAUCGUUCUAAAGACACAAAUAAUCUCUUUAUUUCAGCAUUCUCAAAAUCCUUAUCUUUUCCACCCUUGUUUUAUGCCAUUUUGUCAUUCUCAGCCUCACAUCUCGCCAUGGAGAAUCUUUCUUACUGCGACCAAGCAAAGAUUUAUGACCGGUUAGCACAAGAGUCGUUCAACCUAUUUGCACGCGAUAAGACGAGCACUGUGGACAGCUUGCUCUCGGCGCUUUUUGUCCGAGUCAAACAGAUACACGUGACGGCUGGCAACAUCGACGCCUUCUUUGAGCUGAUAUCUGCCGCAAUCGAUAUCGUUCGCACCGAAGAAGUGGAAAAGGCGCUGGCAGAUACAUCCAGUCUAAUCAGACGUAUUGUCAUACGCCUUGCUAUCUUGGAUGCGCGAGCAUCUCAUUAUGGAUUGGGCGGCGGGCAGCUUGUCCAGCAUCUCCGGAGCAUUCCCACUAUGUCCCCCAUUUUUACUGGAGAAACAGGGCAGAUUUCAACGGUUGGCGAUGUAAGCAGCCUUUUUCGAGCCGAUUCUUUUCGCAUGCGUGUCGCACAAUUGGAUAUGAGGAUACAAGACCAGCUUGGAAAUGAAUUGGCUACUCUUACCCCUGUUCGAACGGAAGAGAUCAAAUCUUUGUACAAGUCUAUCCAGCAGCAGAUCGAACUGUGGGAAGCAGAGGAUACUAUAGACAGAGAAAACGUUGAGGAAGAACAACUCAGUUCUGCCACAUAUGGUCGAUUCACUGUCCUAUCGGCUCUACACUCGGCUUUAUUAUAUCUCUAUACAGUAUAUCCGUUGCUAUCAUUUGAUCCCGAGGCUUCGGUCUCGAAGAUUCUACAUUACCACCUUAAGAUUCGCCACGACCCGUCUCGCAGUUGCUCACCAUCCUCCAUACUGCCGUCAUCACUGUUUCUUGCCGGAAUUUGUACCAGCGAUGUGAUUCGGCAAGACUGGAUUAUUGAUCGCUUUCGUGAAGGAGAGCCAUGGGGAAUAUAUAUUCGGAAGGCAAGAGAAUUGCUCCAGGCUAUGGUGAAACUGCGUAAGAGAGGGGAUAAUCCCAACGUGCGCGGCGUCAUGGAUCAGGUAACUGGAAGAUUUAUUAUUUAG